GGAUAUAGCUCGAAACAGAAAGUUUAGGGUUAAAAUUACGAACUUUUAACCCAAAAUUUGUUUAAUCCAAAUACUAUAACCCGUGACCCGAUAGAAUUGACCCGAAAUUCGAUGAGCUGGCCCGAUUAAAAUAUCUACUUAUUUGUACAGUUUUACCAGCCAGUGAAGUGCGAACCUUGUGCAGCCUUGUCGGUUAAGCAUACAAGCCGAAGACUAAAAGGGUCAUCAAUCAGGAACCAUAGAAAUCAUCGAAAUUGGAAAACGAUCAACAAAAAAAGACAAGUUCAGCAGCUAAAACCGAAGAAUGGCGCUGCAAUGGAUGAUUCUGGCGUACGUCGUGGCGGCGGAGGCAGCGGUUGCGGUUAUCCUGACGCUGCCGACGCCCAAAGUGAUUCAGUCGCGAAUCUCAUCACUUGUAUCGCGUAUUGUGCAGCCCUCGCUGUUUAUCAUACCCUUCUCCGCCUUUCAGCUCCUAGAUAUAUAUUGGAAGAGUGAGCAUCGGCUGAAAUGUAUUGGCGAGACCUGCACUGCCGCUGAGAGGAGCCGUCACGAAAGAGCGUUCUUCAAGGCUCAGAGGAACGUGAUCUUGUGUUUAGCUGCAUGCUUUCUGUACUGGUGCAUCUACCGCAUCUGCAGUUAUCACAAGGAGAUCCAACGCAUGGAGGAAGUGGAGAAGAGAGCCAAAGAGGAGUAGAGCAAAACGGUAGUUAUGCUGAUACAAGACUUUUUUUUGUGAUAAAUCAUGUUUCCUCUGUUCAUGUGCUUCUUGUAGCUCCUUGAGUUGUUGUAUCUGCUCGGAACUUGUCGUCGUUGGAUCGUAUUCGUAUAUGUAAUAUCAUACCAUAACUAGUUUGCUCAUGAAAAAUUGUCCCUUGUUGCUACUGACUACUGAGUAAUAGAAUUUGUCUACACGAUACAGAUGAUAAAUAAACUUCACGUUUGUAUUUUGCA